CUUUUUGCUUUCUUUUUCUUUUUUUCUUCUUUUUUCUUUCUUUCUUUCUUUCCCAGCGGGGUUGAGGGCGCGUUUUUUUCCGCGCCGAUGCUCGCGGCUGGCUCCUCUCCGGCAGCGAGGGCAGUCGCUCAGCGCUGAGGUGGAAGCGGAGCGCGGGUGCCGGCUCCGGAUCGGGAUGUGCCGGGCGCUGGUCCGCGGGGCUCGGGCUGCUCUCCCUUAACGCCCCGGUGCUCCGGGGUGGAGGUGGCAUUCGCCUCUCGGAUGCCGCUUGUUGGCGGGUUUUUAAUCUCAUGAUAGAGUUACCCGUUUUAACGUGUUAAAAAGCCCUUUGGCGCGCUGCUUUCUUAACGGUGAGUGAGGGUCGUGACGAGUUUUUGGAGAUGGCAGUUUCAUGUGGUAACUUAAGUUCUGUACCUCGCGUCUGGCGGGUGGCUGUCUGUAGCAGAAAAAACGUGGGGGGUGCUGCUGUCUGCUGUGCCGCUGGUGCCUGAUAGAAGUGCACAUGUGGAGGUGAACUGAUUGACAUCUACUCUGCAACGUUAAUCAAUAAUCAGAAUGAUUAUUCAUGUAGUCCUAAAUGCUUUUUUAUAGACCGCACUGAAGGCCUUAAGCACAUGGUCUGUGGAUGUGACUUUCACACUGGAAUAAGAGGCAGCAUUUUUGACACUGUGUUGCAGAGUAGCCUUCUUGAAAAAUGCAGAGAUUUCUUCUGUUGAAUAAGUGCUAAGUUAAAAACAAGAUGAAACCCCCCCAACUGGAGUUACAGCAGUGUCGUGAUUUAACCCCAGCCAGCAACUAAGCAUCAUGCAGCCGCUCCCUCACUCCUCCCUGCUCCCAGUGGGAUGGGGAGGACAAUCGGGAAAAAAGCGUGGACCUGACGAGCUUCUUUCUUCUGGUGUCAGUAACAGGCCUUUUACCAUGAACAAUUCUACUCAAGCUACAGAUAAUGGGAAUGACAAGAAGAAAUUUAAAGGAGACAGAUCGCCAUGUUCCCCUUCACGUGUCCUUCAUCUCCGUCGAAUUCCAAGUGAUGUUACUGAAGCAGAAGUCAUUUCAUUAGGCCUACCUUUUGGGAAAGUAACCAACCUCUUGAUGCUAAAAGGAAAAAGUCAGGCAUUUUUGGAAAUGGCUUCUGAAGAAGCUGCUGUUACUAUGGUGAACUACUAUACUCCUGCUACACCUCACCUCCGCAGUCAGCCUGUUUAUAUUCAGUAUUCCAAUCACAGAGAACUUAAGACUGACAAUCUACCUAAUCAGGCUAGAGCCCAAGCUGCAUUGCAAGCUGUGAAUACUAUGCAGUCUGAAAGCCUGGCUAUUGCUGCUGAAGGUGGGCUCCUUCCAGGUCAAGGUUCUGUUCUUCGAAUCAUUGUUGAAAAUCUUUUCUACCCUGUCACUUUAGAAGUGCUGUAUCAGAUUUUCUCUAAAUUUGGAUCUGUCUUGAAGAUUAUCACCUUCACCAAGAACAAUCAAUUCCAAGCUUUGCUCCAGUAUGCUGAUCCAGUGAAUGCAUAUUAUGCCAAAAUGGCUCUGGAUGGCCAAAGUAUCUACACUGCAUGCUGCACUCUGCGUAUUGAUUUCUCCAAGUUAACUAGCCUUAAGGUAAAGUACAACAAUGACAAAAGUAGAGAUUUCACUCGCCUUGACCUUCCUUCUGGUGAUGGCCAACCACCCCUGGAGCCACCCAUAGCUGCUGGAUUUGGCACCCAGAAUAUCAUCUUCCCAUCAUAUGGAGGGGCUAUUGGGUUUGCCCCAGCCAUGGGCUUUGCUCAAGGUGCUGGUGUUUCAGUUCCAGCUGUUCCUGGAGCACUUGGUUCUCUCGCAGUCACCACAUCUGCAGCGUCUGGACAGAUGACUAUUCCUGGUGUUACUGGUGUUCCAGGAAACUCUAUUUUACUAGUCAGCAACCUCAACCCUGAAGCCAUCACACCACAUGGACUUUUCAUCCUGUUUGGUGUGUAUGGUGAUGUGCAUCGUGUGAAGAUCAUGUUUAAGAAAAAAGAAAAUGCUUUGGUUCAGAUGGCAGACGCAACCCAGGCUCAAUUAGCUAUCAGCUACUUGAAUGGGCAGAGGCUUUAUGGAAGGGUCCUCCGUAUUACUCUUUCAAAAUAUCAGACAGUUCAACUUCCUCGUGAGGGACAGGAGGACCAAGGUCUGACGAAGGACUAUAGCAAUAGCCCUUUACAUCGCUUUAAGAAGCCUGGCUCUAAGAACUUCCAAAAUAUCUUUCCUCCAUCUGCCACUCUGCAUCUCUCCAACAUCCCGCCUUCCGUUACUGUUGAUGAUCUGAAGAACCUUUUUGCAAGUACGGGAUCUACUGUGAAAGCCUUCAGAUUCUUCCAGAAAGAUUGCAAAAUGGCUCUUAUCCAGCUGGCCUCUGUGGAAGAAGCAGUUCACGCUCUCAUUGAGCUUCACAAUCAUGACCUUGGAGAAAACCAUCACCUCCGAGUUUCCUUCUCAAAAUCUACAGUCUGACUUUUCUGUGAACUUUCCUUUUAAGAUUUUAAAGUCUUAAAAUUUCAGUUAAAUCUUCAAAUAGAGACUGAAACAGCUGUGACCAGCUGUCUUUUAAAAGAAAAAGCUCGUUCAUACACAAAGAAUUAAGUUAUGAUCUUUUCUGAUUUCAGCUGCCAGUAUGUGAUCAAAGUUUAAUAUUCAUCCAUACAAAGAUUCUUCUGUGAAACUGCUUUCGCAACAAUAUUUAUCAUCAAAUUUCCUACUUAAAAUUAUACUUUUAGAACAUCCUUUUAGCUUUUGUUUGAAAUCAGCCUUACAAAACAUUUUAAAGUGCUUUUACAAUAUACCAAAUAAAGAGUAUUUCUAACAAAAUGGUAAAUCUACUCUACAAAGAUUAAACACUAAUUUGAAUGUGAAAUAGUGCUUGGGUUUCUUGAAGAAAAGCAAGCAUUGACUGUGAGUGUCCUCUAAAUAGUAUUUAUGUUACCAGGGUGUGUGUUCGUACUUUGGCAAAUCUUUACAAAUAACUUUUUUUUAAAAUAAAAAGUCUGUGCUGUU